AUUUGAAUUUGCUUGCACAUUUUCUCUUCAAUUCUUCCUUGUUCCAACAACAUAAAAUGGAGAGUACAGCAGCAGAGAGAAGCUAGAAUUGUUGUCGAUAUGGCUUCCAAAACCUUCCUCUCCAAGCUCUUCCUCUCCUUCUACCGCUCCCUUCGCUCCAACUGGCCAUUGCUAUCGCUUCAUCGGUCGUCCACUAAAGACCACCACCGACAACAACAACAACAACUCAAGCCUCAGCUCUCCUACUCGAUCGGUGGCAAAUCUUUGAUGGUGGUGGACGUCGAGGGCGGCCUCCUUCGGUCCUCCUCCACCUUCUGCUACUUCAUGCUCGUCGCCCUUGAAGCCGGCUCCAUCCCCAGAGGCCUGCUCCUCCUGCUCCUCUAUCCUCUCCUCUGCUGCCUCACGCGAGAAGCCGCCAUUCAGGUUAAGGCCGAUCGAUCGAGUCCUCAAUUCAAUAUUGCGCUCUUGCCAUACGUAAAACGAAUAACAGCUAGCGAUCUCCCGCUCGAUCGGCGCACGCAGGUCAUGGCGCUGGUCUCCUUCGUGGGGAUCAAGGAGGAUAAAUUUCGGGCAGGGCGAGCGGUUCUGCCCAAGUUUUUCCUGGAAGAGAUGCGAUCGGAGUGGUCGGAGGUGCUAGACGAGGCGAAGCUCAAGGUCAUGUGUGUCAGCCAGAUGCCGAGAGUAAUGAUAGAAGGCUUCCUCAAGGAGUAUCUGGAGGUGGAGACGGUGGUGGCUAGGGAACUCAAGGUAUUUGCCGGGUAUUAUACCGGCUUCAUGGAGGAGGAGGAAGGAGCUGGCUACCAAGACGGAGUCUCGCUGUCGGAGAAGAUGAUCAUGGCAGCUCCUCACCAUCUUCUUUCUCAAUGCAAGCUGGUGAGAGGAGCAGAGAAGAGGAAGUGGCGUCCCGUGCCGCCGCCAAGAGUCGCCGCCGCGGCGUUCCCCAACCCUCUCGUUUUCCACGAUGGCCGCAUGGCCUUCCUCCCCACCCCCGCUGCGACGCUUGCGAUGUUCCUCUGGCUCCCCUUCGCCCUCCCGCUCCUCCUCCUCCGCUUCCUCAUCUUCCUCUGCCUCCCAUACUGCAUCUCCGUCCCCCUUGGCGCCGCCACCGGCAUGAUCAACCGCCUCGGCCGGCCUCCCUCCGCAGGGUCCUCCGGGGGAGGCCGCCUCUACGUCUGCAACCACCGCACGCUCCUCGACCCCAUCUACGUCUCCGGCACCCUCAACCGCGCCGUCGUCGCCGUCACCUACAGCGUCAGCCCGGUGUCGGAGGCGCUGUCGCCAAUCAAGACGGCGCGGCUGGCGCGAGACAAGGAGGAGGACCGCCGGCGGAUGGGGCGGAUUCUCGGGCGGGGCGACGAUCUGGUGGUGUGCCCCGAGGGGACCACCUGCCGCGAGCCCUACCUACUCCGCUUCAGCCCUCUCUUCGCGGAGCUGGCGGAGGAGGUGGUCCCCGUCGCGCUCGAGGCCUGGGUCACCAUGUUCUACGGCACCACAGCCAGCGGGUUCAAGUGCCUCGACCCGUUCUACUUCCUGGCCAACCCGUGGCCGCAGUACGAGGUGGAGUUCCUGCCGGCGGUGGCGACGGGGGCGAUGGUGAGGGAGGGAAGGAGCAGCUGCGAGGUGGCCAACCUCGUGCAGGGCCAGAUCGGGGCGGCGCUGGGAUUCCGGUGCACCGCCCUCACCAGGAAGGACAAGUACAUGAUGCUCGCGGGGAACGAAGGGGUCGCGGUGCAGCAGCAGAAAAACAAGCUGCAGCGAUCGUAAGCCGCCGGAUGAUAUUAUGGAAGAUAAUAAAUUUGUUGAUUGCUCAAAUAAAUCUGUUGGAUGAUACCGAUAGAUAAAAA